GCUAUACCUACACGUUAGAAAAAGUGCGAUUCAGCUCACAAAUUGGAAAUGAAAGUGACGUAUUCCUGGAUAAUAUAUUCAUGUUUAGUUUUCGGAUCCAGAAUUUUGUGUGAUAGAAAACUCAAAAGACGACAAGCUGUAUCUUGCUCAGUGAACACGGAUGAUAAGUUUUAUUGUACAAAUGGACUGUGUAUCGAAUGGUCGUGGGUUUGUGAUGGGCGUAAGGAUUGUUCAGAUGGUUUAGACGAGACCAACGAGUUGUGUGCUCUAUACGAAUAUGGAACAAAUAUGACCACAGGUUGUGGUAGAUCAGUUGACAAAAACUCUGUAUUGAUCGACGAUGAUAAAAAAGGACUUAUUAAAGAUGUACCUUGGAGUGUUGGAAUAUAUUAUUAUACGAAUGACAAUUAAUCGAAUUACGUUUUA